AUGGCCCUGAAGAUGUCUGGAGUCGUCUCAAUCUUGAGUUUAAUCUACCUGUGUUUGGCCAUUCGCUCAACACAGUCGUACGGCGGAGAAUUCUAUGAUGGAAAACCGUCUGGGUACGACGACCCGCCGCCGUGCGAGGACCUAGGAAUAGGGCGGUUUUGUAUCGCGAACUGUUCACUGCCGGGGAUAUACGUGUGCCCGCGCCGGCACUAUUUCAUCCCAGACAAGCCUCCCAUUUUGUCCGCGUGUCCCAGUGGGUUGCUAUGUCAACAACGAGGUGGAGGGCGCGUGAAAUGCGCGUAUGGCUGGGAUUGUCAUCCAGUGACUGAUGACCCCAACGUGACCAUUAGCACAGGACCCUCUACCACGCCCGGACCAAGUGUGGUAACAAACGUGAUACCAGGAAACCUCUCCAGAGACGAGGUACCACAGUUUGUCUAUUUUUCUUUCGAUGAUGCCGUCAACCGAAUGAAUUACAAUUUGUACUCCAACCUGUUUGCAGGGCGGUUCGUAAACCCUAACGGUUGUCCCACCACUGUCAGCUUCAAUCUCUGCAAUGAGAGUACAAACUAUGAACUGGUUCGUCGCCUCCAUCGGCAAGGACACGAAAUAGCCAGCCAUAGUAUUCUUCACACCAACCCCAAAUUCUGGGACGGGGAGAUGUGGGAAUACGAGAUCCAAGGAAUGAGAGAACUCAUCUCUGACAAAACCGGCAUCAAAGAGGAUGAAAUCGUCGGAAUGAGGGCGCCUUUUUUGGUGCUGGGCGGCAACAAGCAAUUUUCAUUACUUGAGAGGUUUAAUUAUACGUAUGACGCGUCAAUGGUACCGGCUUUUUCGUCGAAUCAAGAAGAGCCACUUUGGCCGUUCAAACUGACCGGUAAACCUCCCCGAAGGUAUUUUUUCGAGCCUGGAACACCAACAGAAGCGUAUCCCUCUGUGUGGGAGGUACCCAUGAAUCCAUAUUUUUACUGCCCGCAUGCGCCAGAUGGUGCAGUAUCAAUGUUGGAUGGGUGCCAUCCUGGUAGUUACAACGCCACCUAUCUUUAUUUAAAGUAUAAUUUCCUCCGUCAUUAUAAUUCUCCAAGCAAGGCACCAUUUGGAAUCAAUAUGCACGCGGCCUGGUUUCACCCGGCCUGGCCGUACCACUUUCAAGCGAUGGAGGAUUUUAUAGGAGAAAUAUGUCGCUUAAGAAAUGUGUAUAUUGUAAGUGUGAGCAGGAUUUUAAAAUGGAUGGAGGACCCCGUCCCUUUGUCAAGAAUAUCAGAAUCUGAGGCAGUUAAGUGUAACUAA